AUGCCUCCAAGCAAUUCGGGGUCCUCGUCCGCCUCGGUCUUGCACCGCGUCGGACUCGCCGGGGCGGCCGCUCGUUUCUACCAGCGCUCGUAUGCGGGCGAUUACCUCGCACUGGGGUUCCUGGCAAUCGGAUGGUUGCUAAUUCAAGUCUUCGUGAACCCAUUCCACCGCAUGUUUUCCCUUGACAACAAAUCCAUCCAGUAUCCUUUCGCUGUUCAUGAGCGUGUCCCCGUCGUCAUGUCGGUGAUCUACGCCGGUGUGAUUCCCUUCGUCAUCAUCCUCUCUUGGUCGGCUAUGUUCCGUUCCGGUGUACAAAAGACGCAAGUUACAGUACUUGGGCUACUGGUAGCGCUCAUGUUGACCUCCUUCCUUACGGAUGUGAUCAAGAACGCGGUAGGCAGACCUCGUCCGGAUCUUCUCUCCCGCUGUAAGCCUUCCCGGGGUACGGCAGACAAUGUGUUAGUCGCGUGGACAGUCUGCACCGAGUCCAAUCAGCAUAUUCUUCAAGAAGGGUGGCGCAGUUUUCCCAGUGGACACAGCAGUUUCUCUUUCAGUGGAUUGGGGUACUUGUCUCUCUUUUUCUGUGGACAGAUGCAUGUCAUUCGGCCCUGGGCGGACCUUGGUCGGUGCUUGUUGGCGUUCUUUCCGCUUCUAUGUGCCGCACUGGUUGCCAUCUCCCGUCUGGAUGAUUACCGGCACGACGUGUGGGACGUGACGUGCGGCGCACUACUGGGGAUGCUAAUCAGCUGGUUCUCCUACCGUCGCUACUAUCCGGCGUUGCGGUCAGUUCGUUGCGAUGCUCCCUAUGAUAAAUCCGAGCUCGCUGGUCUAGAGGGCUUCCACAGACUGGAUGAUGAGGAGCAGGCAAUCCUCCGACCAUACAGUUCCCGCGAGGGGCCUGGACUCGAGGAGAGCUACCCUUUGGAGCAUACGGAGAUUCCCGGAGCUGCUUAG